AACUUGCAAAUGCUAGCAACACAAAAUUUCGAAGUUUCUUGUCGCAACACCAGCUUCCCAAUAAAACCAGAUUUGUCUUCUGCUAUCCGUAAGUUACUUUACAUGCUUUUCUUUUUAUUGAUCUGUAGAAGGUCGCGGCCGCCCGGACGUCCUGCC